CGUUGCGCAACCGGGUUGGGCUCACAACUGAAUUUGCCAUGGUCUCGAACCAUCUCCUCCAAGAGCGCGUGUCGUACGUUGCGUCCAUCACCAAGAGCGAUGCGGAUAAAGAUGGCGCGGCGUUCAAAGAUGCAAACACCCCCCUCGACCUCGAGGACGGCGCCCUUCGCGAAGGCGGCGCGCUCAACUACUCCUCCCCCGAGGUGCUCGUCCUGCUGUUCCAAUACGCCGUCGUUGGCGUUUGCAUAGGUGGCAUUGGAGGCAUGAAGCUGCCCGUCCUCACGUAUUACUUUGGCCUGGAAUCGGCGACCAUCAGCGCUGCCAGCGGUCUCAUGAGUUUGGGGUGGUCCUUCAAAGUCUUUUACGGCAUGCUUUCGGACUGCUUUCCCAUCAUGGGGUAUAGCCGCAAGCCAUACAUUCUACUCGGGUGGACCUUGACGGCCAUUUGCUUUGUCAUUAUUGCGCUCAAGCCUGCUGGUGAUGCCGUCAACGGCGACAGUUCAGCCGAAGACAUCAAGUCCGCGCAAUCCCACGGGUCGCUCCUUGCCCUUCUCUGCGCUGUUGCGUGCUUUUGCUACAUCAUGGCCGACGUCGCGUGCGACGCCAUGGUCGUGGAAUACGCCCAACGUGAGCCCGACCACGUCCGCGGCCGCUUGCAAUCGUCUGCGUACGCAACGCGGUACAUUUUCAACGCGCUGAUCACGGGGGUGUCUGGUUUCUGCAUGAGCUCUCCGCGCUUCGGCGGCACGUUCAGCUUUGACGUGAGUGUGAAUGCGUACUUCUGGAUCAUGGCUGUGCCGUGUGUAGUCAACGUGGUGCUCGUGUUCUUCUUCAUGAAAGAUCGCAAGCGCGCGGCCGUGAACCGGUCCACGUACUUUGCUGAAGUGUUCAACCUCAUCCAACAACGCGCCGUGCUGCAAGUGAUGGUGUUUAGCUUCAUGUUCAACCUCUUUUCGUCUGGCAUUAUGUCGUUGGCUGGCAACUACAUCCAAGUGUACUGGGCCAAGGUCGAACCUGUCAACAGCUCGAUCGCGACCGUGCUGACGUACGUGGUGUUUUCUGGGACGCUGUUUGCAGUCGGCAAGUGGGGCACCAACUGGAACUGGCGCUUGCUCUUGGUCAUCACGACGCUGUCGGCGAGCUGCAUCGACGCGGUCGCGCAGUUCCUCACGAUCUACAACAUCGUGCGCAACCAGUGGUUUUAUCUCGGCAUCCCCCUCACCGAGUACAUUCCCCUGGGCAUCCAAUUCGUUGUCACGACGUUUGUGAUUGUCGAAUUGGCGGGCGACGGCAACGAAGGGCUGACGUAUGGGCUCUUGACCACUGUGGGCAACUUGCCCAGCGUGUUUGGAACGAUGAUCACCAACGUGUAUUCGACGCAGCUCCGGGUGGCCAAAGCCGACAUCAAGACGGACACGCCCGAAGUUCGCCGGGAUGCCGCGUACUCGUACAUGAUUGUGUACGCGACGACAAUCAUCGCGUGCUGUUGGACGAUCAUUUUGCCACCGCAAAAGGCCGCCGUCAAGGAACUGUUGCUCAAAGGAGGCAAGUACCCGAUGCUCGGGGCCGCCAUGAUUGUCGCGAUGUUUUCCAUCUUGUGUUUGUCAGUCACGUCGACGCUGCUCUCCAUGUUCGAAUCGACGCAGUGCUACCUCUUGGCCGGUGGAUCUGGCUGCGACUAGACUGCGACACUGGUGUAGUGUUUACGUCAAUACCAUCCCACAAUCAAUAUAUUGCGCGUUUCGGAACAGGUUCCAUGCUAGAGCCGCGUGAAUGUCCAUGUCGUGGACAUGGUGCCUUGAGGAUUGGCAACCUCCGACCCGCUGUGUUGUGGCACCAUGGAACGUUGUCGCGACCACAGCGUUUGGUUCUCGCCGCCUCGUCAGUUCGAUUCGGUCACGAGUUGUUUUGAUUCAACAAACUGUGGCCUGGCUUGGCAAAGCGUCCUGUUCAUCCACUGGCGGUCGAAGUCGUGGUUGUCCAUGUCUCGUUUCGCUUUGAACGGCGCGUUGGGGCUAUCGUUCGCAACAGCGAGUACUGCUCGUAUGCUUACAAUCCUUUCGCAGUGCCCUUGGCGCUGUCCUGUGCAAAGGGAGGGAAUCCUUCGACGCAAUCAUAGCUGAUGCACGUCCAGUUAGCAUUAUGUUUGGUGUUCGCAGUGUCAAGCUAGAAUUUCCUAAAACUUACUGC